AGGAGAAGGAAGGGAGGGGAGAGAAAGGAGGGGAGGGGACCCCACCCGCAUCCCGCUCGCCGCGCACAGCGCAGCGCAGGGCCCCGGGCGCGGUGCUCCCGGUGCUCCCGGAGCCCCCCCGGAGCCCCCCCGAGCCCCCCACCCCAGCCGCGGUGCCGGGCGCUGCCCCCCGGCGGCUCGGCGGAGCAGGUAGGGAGGAUGGAGGCCGCCUUGCUGAAGCCGGCGAUGAUGGCGGAGGUGAAGGGGAGCGGCUCCGGCCCGGCCGUCAGCGCCGAGCUGGAGGUGAAGAAGCUGCAGGAGCUGGUGAGGAAGCUGGAGAAGCAAAACGAGCAGCUCCGCAGCCGAGCCGCCGCCGCCGCCGCCACCCCCGGCCCGCACCUGCUGCUGGCCCCCGGGGGGCUGCGCCCCUCCAGCCCCCCCGUGCCGCCCUGCGUGCCCAGCCCGGCGCCCCCCCCUACUCUGCAGGAGCCCCUCGCUUAUUUCAAGCCCUCUCCCGGCGGCGGGGGGCAAGAAGACAGCGCCCCGGGGGCUGCCACGGUGCUGGACGAGGUGGCGGUGCUGGAGCUGGAGGAUGGAUGCUGCGGGCAGGACGAGGAUACGUGGUUGUAUGUCUUGCCUACCAAGACUCUUACCCUUCAAGAAAAAUCACUGAGCCCUCUGCAGUGGUGCAGACGUGUUCUGGAUCAUCCAAGUCCUGAGAUAGAGGCUGCAAAACGUUCCCUAUGCUUUAGAUUGGAACAAGCUAGCCGAUGGCGGAACCUCUUCUCUACACCUGUCUCCUUGGCUUUUCCCUAUAGUCCUGUUGCAAGACUCACCCCAUAUACCAAUGGCUUUAAUAGUCCCAGCUUCUCUAAAACCUCCAGUAAAGCAAUACUAACACCUGAACGGACAGGUUACAUUUCUAGAAGUUCCCCUUUGAGCCCACAGUCAUCAAUAGACAGUGAGCUGAGCACCUCAGAGCUGGAGGAUGACUCCAUCUCCAUGGGAUACAAACUGCAGGACCUCACCGACGUUCAGAUCAUGGCUCGUCUACAGGAGGAGAGCCUUAGACAAGAUUAUGCUUCAACUUCAGCAUCAGUAUCAAGACACAGUUCGAGUGUAUCACUGCACUCAGGAAAGAAGGGGACAUGCAGCGACCAGGAAUAUGAUCGCUAUAGCCUUGAAGACGAGGAAGAGUUUGACCACCUCCCACCUCCACAACCACGCCUCACCCGCUGCUCUCCAUUCCAGAGAGGAAUCCCACAUUCACAGACUUUCUCCAGUAUUCGGGACUGCAGGAGAAGCCCAACUUCCCAGCACUUCCCUUCAAGUACUUAUCAGCAGCCCUACUAUUCUCCUCAAGCCCAAACACCAGAGCAGCAACCAAAUAGGAUUAAUGGAGAUAAACUCCGAAGAAGCAUGCCGAACCUAGCUCGGAUGCCAAGUACUCCUGCCAUUAACAAUGCUUCUGGCUUUGCUAGUUCUCCAGUCACUGUGAGGAACAGUCAGAGCUUUGAUUCCAAUCUACAUGGAGCAAGUAAUGGGAUUUCAAGGAUGCAGUCAUGUAUUCCAUCACCAGGACAGCUUCAGCACAGAGUUCACAGUGUGGGACAUUUUCCAGUAUCUGUCAGGCAGCCUCUCAAAGCUACUGCCUAUGUAAGCCCAACUGUACAAGGCAGUAGCAUUCCAGUGUCCAACAAUUUACAGCUAUAUUCUAACACUGGGAUCCCAAUGCCAAACAAGACUGCUAGUCAAGGGAUUGUGGGGCGCAGUGCUCUUCCAAGACCCUCGCUGGCCAUCAAUGGGAGCGGCAUACCCAGAAGUAAAAUUGCACAGCCAGUUCGAAGUUUUCUUCAGCCUCCUAAGCCACUUUCAUCGCUGAGCACGAUGCGGGAUGGGAACUGGAGAGAUGGCUGCUAUUGAUGAAGGAUGCCCACGAACAUUGAAAAAUAAGUAACAUGGAUUUCAUUACCCAGCUGGCUGGGUAAAGAUGACUUGGGAAAGGAGGGUCAUGCAGUAUUAUUUCCCCUGCGAUUUUAUUAUGUAAACAUCCAUAAUGCAAUGCCAUUUUCUAAAAAAUGAACAUCUUAUCAAAUACUGAAUGUUGCACUUAAAUCGGUUACCUGAACAGCUGCAUUGUUAUCAGACUAACAGUGGCAGUGUUAUCACAUAGAACUGAAGUAUUAUGUAUGUGAAAAGUACCAGAAUAUUUCCUCUGAAAGAACUUGGAGCUAAUGCUUUUGGGGCAGCUUUGCCAUACUGAAAUUCUAAAAUAAUUUAUUCUUUGUAAAGGCAUCAUGCAUUUAUUUUGAAUUUGGAGGGGACUUAAUGUAUGUGCUUAAUUUUUUAUUUUUUUUAGUGCUUCCUGUACAUUUUGUUUUAUAUACUUGAGUUCAUUUAAACUUGCCUGAAUCUUGAACAACAGAGAGAUAAAUUAACUUUUCUGUGCCAUAAAUAAUAUUUUUGGGGUAAUGUACUUUUUUAGCGCUAGGAACAUAUCUUACAAAAUCAUACCAUUGGCAAUACAAAGCAGUAUAUUUAUGUUGCAGAAGCACAAAAAAAGUAGCAUUCACUGGAAACUGCCAUCCAGCAGGGUCAGCAUGGUUUUGUUGGUCUUUCAACGUUUGUUCAACUGUUAAUUUAUUGUCAUAGUGUUUUGUAUUUAAAAUGGCAGCAUAAGUCACGUUGCACUUACCAAGAUACAGUGAUCUCUACAACUAUGUUUGGUUUUCAAUACUUUAUUACAAAGAAUAAAAUUGUAAUGUUUUAUUAACAGUUGCUUAUGAAAAAAUGAGUUUUAAUGUGAAUAAAUCUUUUUGAUAGAUCUUUUACAAAAUCCAAUUGCACUAAUCAAUGCUUUCUUAUAAUGGCAUAUGACCUAAUAUUUGAUUACAACUGUGUAUACUGCUGUUUUGGAAUGUUUCAGAAAUAAAGAAUCUAUUUCAGCAAUAA